GAUGAUAGAGCGCGCAGGAGAGCGAGAGAGAGAGAGAGUGAGAGAGAGGGCGAUACGCAUUGACUGAGAAACAUAGAUUUUCAUCCAACCUAUCUGUUUUUUCUAAUCCUCGACUGCACUGCUUAACGUUGAUUGUCUUGCAGGACAAUAUUUUGUAUUAGCCUAUUACGUCGUUUCUUUUGACGAAUAUUGGUCCUCAUUGCUGUAAUUUAAGUGUAUUUGUGGCGAACUUCUCAUAUUUCCCAUUUAUACUUAAACUGCAUCAUGAAUAGUUUGUGGGCACCUCUCGAUCUCAUACCUUUGGAAUGGUGGGGAUUACACAGCCGAAAAACGGGGAGCAUGUAAACGCGGAUGGAGUUUGGGAUUUAUUGCAAAAUAAGGGAAAGAUGACUGUCUUCUCUUUGUGUCUCCUAUUGUGCGCAGAUCUACUGGAUUUAGCUGUUGGAUAUUUGACAGUAACCAUUGAGCCCCUUCCUCCUGUUGUUGUGGGAGAGACUGUCACCCUGAAGUGCAACUUCAAGACUGAUGGAAGACUUCGAGAGAUCGUGUGGUAUAGGGUCACAGACGGGGGCACCAUUAAGCAGAAAAUCUUCACCUACGAUGCUAUGUUUAAUACCAAUUACUCUCAUAUGGAGGACUACCGCAAACGGGAAGAUCUUGUCUACCAAUCUACAGUCCGGCUCCCGGAGGUACGGAUCUCGGACAAUGGACCAUAUGAAUGCCACGUGGGCAUCUACGACCGAGCGACGAGAGAAAAGGUGGUCUUGGCAUCAGGAAACGUCUUUCUCACCGUUAUGUCACCUCCAAACAACAUCUCAGUUUCGGCAGAGAACUGUCCAGCUCCAUUCAGCCGGUACCAGGCCCAGAACUUCACACUGCUGUGCACUGCAAAGGGAGGCAAACCUGCACCUUCAGUGUACUUUAAGCGGGAUGGAGAGUUGAUAGAGGUGAUAUCCUACAUCCACCCCUCAGCCGAGGACGGCGGUGGCUCAGCAGGGGUGCGUGGUGCCAGGCCACUCAUCAGCAGAGACCUAGACGACACCAAGCUGCAGAGGUCCCUCUCCCUGUUGGACCCCGAGGGCCGGCCAGCCCGCAUGUUCACCGAGAGCCCUGAGCGUCGUUGGACCCCGGGCCAGCACACCCAGGGUCGGCAGCAGAAGGAGCAGCCCAGCCCUGCCACGGAGAUCAUUCCAGAGACAGUUGUGAGCCGAGAGUUCCCUCGCUGGGUCCAGAGCACUGAUCCACUCUACUACUUCAGUCACACCCACAUCUCCCAGAGUGAUGGCUCUGUUCUGGUGCAGGCCAGACUCACCUGGACCCUUAACCCCCAGCUGGACAAUGACGCCAUGUUCAGCUGUGAGGUCAAGCACCCAGCACUCUCCAUGCCCAUGCAGACAGAGGUCACACUGGCGGCUCCUAAGGGCCCCAAGCUUUUGAUGACCCCCACCAGGGCAAAGGUAGGGGAUACGGUGCGCAUCACCGUGCAAGGAUUCCAGGUAGGCGCCGGGGUUCCUGGGAAUGAGGUGUUCCCUGAGCCCCUCUUCACCUGGACCCGGGUCGGGGGCCGUCUGCUUGAUGGGAGUGCUGAGCGGGAUGGGAAGGAGCUGAUUCUGGAGCGAGUGCCAGCCGAACUCAACGGCUCCAUGUACCGCUGCACGGCCCAGAAUCCUCUGGGCUCCACGGACACGCACACCCGCCUCAUCGUCUUUGAAAAUCCUGCCAUGAUGAAAAACACUCAGAAUCCGAACAAUGGAGCCCCUCGUGUGGAUGUAGUAGGACUAAUAUGGAUGGUGCUGUCCCUGGCCCUCACAGUGACUGUGGAACUGACGUGAACCCUCCCAGCCAACACACACUCUGUAUACACACACAAUUCACACACAACACACAGUAGACCCACAGAGACACACACACAAACAAUCCCAAGCCUUUCCAACACACAUACACACACCACAUACACAUACCACCCAAAAAACCACCACACCACAAACAGACACACAUACAACCACACCACACAGUCCUGCAAGCCUUUUCCAGUCAUCCAACCUGCCCUCCAUGCAUCAGUCUUUCAGGAGCCAGUGCCACCACCCGAUGGGCCUCUACUCUGUUUUUGAAAUGAAAUAAUAACAAAGAUUAUAAUAUAAAGAAAACAACUUCCUGAACAUGAGAAUAACCACCUCCAGUAUACCCCUUCCCCCGACCACACCUUCUUUUUGUUUCUUGUCACACCUCUGCCUGUUGAUCAAUAAAAUUAGUUGUUAAAAAAGGAAAAUAAAA